UUUUACUAUUUCUAAAAAUAGUAUCAUCCAUGGCGGAAGCGAGAGAUAUUACAUGUUGAAGACGUUGCUGAUCAAACAACGCAACCACCAUGCCGGGGAAAAGCCCCAAGAAGAAGGACCUGUACCUGGGUAAAAACAUGGCUGACCUCAACAAGCUGGGGGAGUGCAAAGACCUGGGGAAUAAUGUCACAAUCAUCAUAAAGUCUGCAGACAAGACAUUUCGUGAAGCUGUGCACCAAGAUGAACUUUCGGACGAGGAGCGAGCUUAUGUCCUGUACAUGCGGUACUUCAACGUCAUACAGACGGCCAAGAGAAAGGCUGAAUAUAUCAAGCAGAAGGAGUACUUUGACAACCUCAUUGGGAAGAAGAACCAGCUUCAUGCUAUAGAGAGAGCAGAGGGCUUGUCCCAGAACCUUAAAGAAAGAUAUGACCUCAUAGAAGCCGAGGCAGUGGCAAAGAAGCUGGAAGCUCUCGAUGAGAAGAAGAAAGAGGACAAAAAGGAGGAGAAGAAAGAUGUUGAGAAGGGCGCAGCUGAGGAGAAGGGGAAUGACAAAGAAAAUGGCUCAUCUACAGUGCCACCAGUGACGGCUCCAGGCAGCAUCUCACCGAUGGAGCUGUUUACACUGCUCAACGACCGGGAAACUCAGCUCAUACUGAUGGACGUCCGUCCGGAGGAGGACUACGCCGACUCCCACAUCAGCCACAAGUCCUGUGUCAAUGUUCCUGCCAGCAUACUACAACCUGGAACCACCGUCAACUACAUCAGUAAUGCAUUGCCGGAAGCAUCCAGGUCGCUAUGGAAACAACGCGGUCAGGUCGAUCAUGUUAUUCUAUUAGACUGGCGGUCUACGUCACAAGAGGUCAAGAUUGGAUCAACUCUGAGAACACUAAAGGAUGCCUUAUUCAAGUACGACGCCACAGUGAUCCUGAAGAGCGAGCCCCUCGUGUUGGAGGGGGGCUAUGAGCAGUGGCUGCUGUACUACCCCACCGUUACCACCAACUCCCACAUCCUGUGUCCCGCUCGCCCCGAGGACUUCAUCACAUCAUCAGCAUUGGAUUUUGAUUACCCUGAUUUUGAUGAACCCUCCAAUGAUAAACAGCCACUUAUCAACCAAUCAGGAGCCUCUAUCCCAACUCAAGCUCCCAAUGGGAUGUCACAGCCUUUACUUCCUUCCGUAGAUCGCUCACUUAAACCCAAACCAGUCACAAGAUCUGUCAAUGCUGCCCCACUAAACAACAAGACCUCCGAACCCAAAGUAGCAAACAAUCUCAAAAACACAAACACAGAACCACAGGGUGAUAAACUUGAUGGUUUUAAGAUCAUUUCAAAUUCGCUCUAUCCCAGUGUUGGGCAAAUGGUUGCUAAGAACAUUGUGCGAAGUAACUCAAGGACCGAUUCUGGUGUGGCGCCAGCGGACGGAAACAAGAUAGAGAACAGCGAUGUUGAUCAGGAACUUGUGGAGUUGACAGAGAUAAAGAAGAAGAAGGAGGAAGAACUACAUGACUUCAAGUCUGAGCGGAAACGGAUGGCGGCCGAGCACAAGGCACGGACAGCGAAGUUGGAGGAAGAGGAGGAGAAGUUGCGGCAGUUGGAGAAACUGCGGAGGAAAGAGGAGAAGGAUGUUGUGGAGCUGAUGCGGCUGAAAAGGAACCUGCAGGAAGAGAUGAAGAAUGAACAGAUCAAGCAGGAUGGAGAGAACAUACAAAAAGAGGAGGAAGAGAGGAAGAGGAUGGAGACACCGCGCUCAGUGAUCUCAUCCCUCGAGACAGGGGAUUGGCGGACGUCAAUCGACCUCAAGGUCGCAUACCUCCUUGUUCCAAUGCACCCCGAUUUCAAGAAUUACCUUCAGUUCUUCUUUGGCAGGACGUGCUACCAGUUUUGUAAGUCGGACCUCGCCUCGGAGCAGAAUCCGGUCUUUCUUAGGGGUGAUGCGAGUUUGAGGAUGAGACCCAUGCAGCAAGCUUUUGCAGCUGGGGUCCCACUCAUGGAGCUACGAGAACUUUCUCGAGACGCCAGAGUGGUUGAUUCCUCAUUUGCAGUGGUGGGCAGACAUCGGGCGUCUCUCCAAGGGGCUCCCCUGGAGAUGCCGUCGCUCUCAGUCCAGACAGAUACAUCCCUCCCGGGUUGGGGCGAUGUUCUGGGCGACCUGCGGUCUCUUGACAACGAAGUCACUACCUGCACAUCACUGGAGCAGAUGCAGAAACUGGAAGAAGACAAGAGACGUCGCCAGGAGGAUGUUGAGAAACUCCGACGAGAACGACGCAAGAAGGAAGAUGACAAGCGAGCCCAAGAUCUGGAGAUGAAGGACAACAUCCUCCGUGAGGCUGCUGAAGCUGCCCGGCAGGAGGAGGAGCAGCGCAGACAGGAAGCUGCUGCCGCCGCUGCCAAGAGAGCCGAGGAGGAGAGACAGGAGGCACAGAGAGAGAGAAGAAAGAAGAGGAGAGAAAGAAGAGAGAAGAAAUCAAAAUACAACAACUUAAAAAAGAAAAGCAAGAGCAAGAGAAGGUAUGUUGACAUGUCAAAGAAGUUGAAAGAGCAGCGUGAACGUGAGGAGAAGAUGAAGGCUGACGAGGAGUUAGCUGAGCGGCUGAAACAUGAGGAGGCCGAGAGAGCCAAGGCUGAGAGGGAUCAGAAGAUGGCUGCCGAGAAGGCUCGGGCUGAAGAGGCUCGCCGGUUAGCAGAGGAGAAAAUAAAGAAAGUCAAUGAGGCCGAAGCCACAGUGGAAACAGGUCCGUCCAACAACCUGCCUAUGGCGGAGGAAGGAGACAAGCCACUUCAUACGCCCAACUUUGACCGUGCCAGCAAGCCAUCACAGAGGUUCGAGCUUCCUCCUGGUGCUGCGUUGACUGGUCUGCGUAACCUUGGCAACACGUGUUACAUGAACUCCACCAUCCAGUGCCUAAAUAACUGUACUCCACUCGUAGCCUACUUCCUUAACGACUUGUACUUGGAUGACAUCAACAGGGAUAGCUCGGAGGGCAUGCAUGGUGAGAUGGUGGACGACUAUGCUAUUGUCCUGAAGGCCUUGUGGAAUGGCCAGAACAGAUGUAUCACGCCCAGAGACCUGAAGAAUACAGUUGGGAAAUACAACCCCAUGUUUGCUGGCUAUCAGCAGCAGGACUCACAGGAUUCCUGACUCACCUUCCUCUUGGAUGGUCUACAUGAGGGGCUGAACGAGGUGAAGGUUCGGCCCAAGAUACCGGAGCAAGAAAAUGACCAUCUCGGACCACCGGCGGCAGAGAUAGCCUGGGGUGACCACAAACGCCUGCACAAGUCCAUAAUUGUGGAACUGUUCCAGGGGCAGUUGAAGUCCACUCUUCAGUGUAAACACUGUAGCAAGAAGUCGGUGACGUUUCAGGCUUUCAUGUUCCUCUCCCUGCCCCUUCCACAGCAGUCCAGGUGCUCUCUGAAGGAUUGCAUCUACAAGUUCCUCAGCCCCGAGAUGAUGACGGGCAGCUGUAAGUGGAAGUGCCCAAAAUGUCGCGUUGAGAGAGAUGCCGUCAAAAAAAUCGACAUCUGGAAACUUCCGCCUAUUCUGCUCAUCGGUCUCAACAGAUUUGUGAGUGACGGGAUGUGGACCCAGAAAUCGACAAGCUACGUGGACUUCCCGGUGAGCGAUAUGGACAUGAGAGAGCAUGUCAGCGACCCCAAGUCCAACACCAGAUACAACCUCUAUGGCAUCUCGAAUCACUACGGGACCAUGGAAGGAGGCCACUACACAGCCUUCUGUCGAAACCCCUGCACCAAGAAAUGGUACAAGUAUGAUGACCACGAGGUGUAUGAAAUGUCACGCUCCGAUGUCAAGACAUCCGCCGCCUUUGUACUGUACUACACGUCCAUAGAACUUACAGCACCUAUUUUCAGCCCUUCCCUGUAGAGCUUACAGCAUCUAAAUACAGCCCUCAGCUGUAGCGCUGACAGCAUCUCAAUGACAUUUUGUCGUAAUCUGGGGUUUCGUUGUAAUGAGAAGAAACUAACAAUGCAAAUUAAAUAUCUUAGUUAAAAUUGACAAGUGAGGGAUGGUCAGUUGACGUAGCACACGUGUGAUGAGUUCACGACUUAUCUGGCCCUUUGUACAGUUCUUGGAUGGCUGUAUGGAUAGGUGGAUAUAUGGAUUUGUGGCUGGAUGGAUGGAUGGAUCGAUAAGUGGAUGGGUGGGUGGGUGAAUGGAUGGAUUGGACGGUGGAUAGAUAGAUGGGUGAAUGGAUGGAUGGAUGGAUGGAUGGGUGGACAUUUAUUAAGGUGCAGAUUUAUAUUCAGAAUCAGACUCCACAAUGGUGCAAGGUCUUGUUCUAUAUCAUAGAGAGAACAAACAAAUGAUUCCGGCCAAUUAAUGAAAAACUGUCAUUUAAAGUUAAAAUAUUCAAAGCACAUUGGAGAACAAUCUUAAUCCUCAAUCCAAAAGGCUAAUAUUGCCGAUUGAUGAAAAUCUGAGUUAUUUAUAGAAAACAAUUGAUCUCAAGAUCAUUACUGAAGAUUUAUAAUCUUGAGUCCAGCUACCCGUAUGGGUAUGAAAGUAGUUUUGUAUAUGUAUUUGAAGCAGUGGAUUUCAGCAGAAAAAAAUACUCUCGAUGUGAUGCAGUGUUUAAAACUCCCAAAAUUUCAAGCCAGACAGCCGGACUGGUAACUUAAAAAAU